AUGCAUCGAAGCGCCUUCAGCCGCGCCAGCGGCGGUGGCGCCUCAUCAGGCAACACCGCCGGCUCGGCCCACCUCCUCUGCCUUCCCACAUCAGUUCCGCCGCGCCGUCGGGUCAUCCUCCUGGCGGCUUGCUGUGUGGCCGUCGCCAUCAUGCUGCUCUCGUUGCUGUCCACAACUAAAACAACUACCAUAACCGGAACCCCCAGCACAACCAGCGGCAGUGGCGGUGGCGAUGGUGGUGGCGGCAGCGACCGCAGCAUGGGUCAUCACCCUGAACUACCCAGCCUCUCCGACCACACUCCGCGAUUACCCACGGUCGACGUGCCCCGGAUGGUGGAGCGCCUCCUCACAAGCCCAUCAACAACCAACCUAGCGCUGCGGCGGGCGCAGAUCGUUGAGGAGGGGCAGGGCCAGGGGCACGGGGCUGAGCCGCAGACAGCCGCAACCGAUGGCAGUGACGCUGAGGGCGGCAGUGGGGCUGAGGGGGCCGGGGCGGGGGCCGGCAGCGUUGUCGGCGGCGCUUCUGAUGGGUGGCAGUCUGAUCCUGGCGUAAAUGGUAUCAAUGGCUACUUGCAUUUGGACCGGUUGGGACUCGAUCUGGAGACGUCGUUGCGGCAGCAGGUGUUUUGCGAGGAGGCCUUCCCGCUGUUGGAACUGAAGGCGGCUGGGGGCCCCGCCACCGCCCCAGCCGCCACCGCCGCCACCGCUGCGGCCGUGAGCGCUCGGGAGCUCCAACCGGGUGUGACCAUCUACGUGUACGGCGGGGAUGACCAGGUUUCCCGGUCCAUCCGUGAGGGCAAGGGCUGGGAAGCCGAUAUUCUGCAGGAGAUCUUAUGGGCCCUAUCGCAACCACUGCCGUACCACGUGGUAUCAUCGAGAUUGUCACCAGCAGAGGCGGAAGUGGACGGGGGAGGAGGCUUACCUGGCGGCACCGCCGCUGGAGUAUUCCUUGACAAUGCUGUCAUACAGCGUCGUACAUCUGCUCGCGUGGCUGCGGCGGCGGCACCAGUAGCAUUGGCGGCGCUGCACGACGUCGCGUCUUCUGUCCUGGCGGCCACGCCCGCGGGCACGGCGCCCGCGGUUGACAGUGCCGUACCAUGGACGGCUGGCGGUGGUGAUGUUAGUGGCGGCGGCGGCGACGGCGGUACGGCUCCCCCGCAUCUUUUUGUGGAUGUGGGCGCCAAUGUGGGCUGGUUUGCAAUCAGCGUGGCUGCCAAGGGCUACCGAGUGGCGGCGUUCGAGGGUAUGAGCACCAACGUGGGCCUGGGCGACGGCAUCACGUUGUGCGACGCCACGUCAGAGCUGGACGCGGCUGCCAAGGUACCCCCGGGAUACGCGCUGCGGGGCCGCAUGAAGCUGCGUCGCCUGGACGCUUUCUUCGCACAGCGCUCUGAAGACACCAUCAUCAAGGUUCUCAAGGUCGACGUGGAGGGCUACGAGCCGCACGUGAUCGCGGGCAUGGGCGAUGUUCGGGUGUGGUACAUCGCCUUGGAGUUCAAUCCCGUGCUACUUUCCGGCGUGAACCGCGGCUACCCGCCAGCACAGCUUCUUGAGGAUCUGAUGGCCAGGCGCUACCGGCUUAGCACCACGGGCUUCAGGGGGCCGUGGCUGUCGGAGGCACACGUGCGGAGGCUGGCUACGGCCAAAGUACCGGUCAGCGUGUACGCAGCCCAUGAAGAUCUGUUCGUACAGCCCACCGAGCGACUCAGGCUCAGGGGCUGGGCGGGAGCCUGA